AUGGCGGCUGCUAACGCGAUGGCCGGUGCGACUACAGACAACGGAGGCGCCGUGACGAUUGUAAAGAUGGUGGAGAUGCCGGUGGAGUUCCUCCGGCGGGUGCUGUCGCAGGACAAGGACUACCGCGUGCCUACGCUGGAGGACUACACGAAGGAGGAGCUCGCCGAGGCCAAGGACACCAUCUGCAGCGUCAUCUGCUCCCUGCAGAUCGCGUACGACGAGUUCGACGAGUUCCGGGCCUGGGUCCGCGACGUGAUCGACAAUAAUGGCUGCGUCAUGAUCCACGAGGACAUGCUCUUCUCGGAUCCCAAAGAAUGGCAGGAAAGCGUCGACGAGGAGUGGGCAGAGGCGCGGCAGGAGCUGAAGAUGGACCUGACGAAACCACUCGGCCCGCACCUGUACAUGUUGUCUACGUAUCUUUCACUCUUGUAUCACUAUGCAGCGCCCAUCCUGACGUUGAGGGCCUUAGCUAUAUAUGGGUGA